UAGAGACUAAGCUCAUUACAUCUCUCCGCUCUCUCGCACGCUUGCUCUUCUUACAAACUUUGUCAAUGGCUGCUGCUGCCGCUUCUUCAAACACCAUAGCACUAGCAGCAGCUAAGCCCUUAACCAAAGCCCCUACUCCAACCGUUUUCAACGGUCUCGCAUUCUCCGUUAACAACCUCACUCCAAGACCCCUCGCUGCUCGCCACGUCAACGGUGCUGCCCUCGCUGCUAAAAUGGUUUCGUCGGCGCCGGCGGUUUCUCUCCCUGCCUCGCUUGAUUUCAACACUUCUAUCUUCAAGAAGGAGAAGAUUAGCCUCGCUGGACACGAUGAGUACAUUGUGAAAGGAGGGAGAGAUUUGUUUCAUUUGUUGCCGGAUGCUUUCAAGGGGAUUAAGCAGAUUGGUGUUAUCGGAUGGGGUUCACAGGGACCUGCACAGGCCCAGAAUCUUCGGGACUCACUCGCUGAAGCAAAGUCUGACAUAGUGGUUAAGAUUGGACUCAGGAAAGGUUCUAGUUCCUUUAAUGAAGCUCGGGCAGCUGGUUUCAGUGAGGAAAAUGGAACUCUAGGUGACAUAUGGGAUACUAUCUCAGGCAGUGAUCUUGUCUUGCUCUUAAUUUCAGAUGCUGCACAGGCAGAUAGUUAUGAAAAAAUAUUUUCGCACAUGAAGCCAGGCAGCAUACUUGGAUUGUCCCAUGGGUUUCUUCUUGGGCAUUUACAGUCACUGGGAAUUGAUUUUCCCAAGCACUUCAGUGUAAUUGCUGUAUGUCCAAAGGGGAUGGGUCCUUCAGUGAGGAGGCUCUAUGUUCAAGGCAAAGAGAUAAAUGGUGCUGGAAUUAAUUCAAGUUUUGCAGUCCACCAGGAUGUCGAUGGCCGGGCUACUGAUAUUGCUUUGGCAUGGUCUGUUGCCCUUGGUUCUCCCUUCACAUUUGCGACUACAUUGGAGAUGGAAUACAGGAGUGACAUAUUUGGAGAGAGAGGCAUUUUACUUGGUGCUGUUCAUGGAAUUGUGGAGUCCUUGUUUAGGAGGUACACUGAAAAUGGAAUGAGUGAAGAUCUGGCUUAUAAGAACACUGUUGAGUCCAUAACAGGAAUCAUAUCUAAAAUCAUAUCAACUAAGGGCAUGUUGGCUGUAUACAAUUCUUUAUCUGAAGAUGAAAAAAGAGAAUUCGAGACGGCAUAUAGUGCUUCAUAUUAUCCCUGCAUGGAGAUUUUGUACGAGUGCUACGAGGAUGUAGCUAGUUGUAGCGAGAUUCGCAGUGUUGUUUUGGCUGGGCGUCGCUUUUAUGAGAAAGAGGGUCUACCUGCCUUUCCCAUGGGCAAAAUUGAUCAGACCCGCAUGUGGAAAGUUGGUCAGCGUGUCCGAUCUACAAGGCCAGCAGGUGAUCUAGGGCCAUUAUAUCCAUUUACUGCUGGUGUAUAUGUGGCAUUGAUGAUGGCUCAGAUUGAGAUCUUGAGGAAGAAAGGGCAUUCCUACUCUGAAAUCAUCAAUGAGAGUGUCAUUGAGUCUGUUGAUUCAUUGAACCCUUUCAUGCAUGCUCGUGGUGUAUCUUUCAUGGUUGAUAACUGUUCAACCACAGCAAGGUUGGGUUCAAGGAAAUGGGCUCCUAGAUUCGAUUACAUCCUAACCCAGCAGGCCUUGGUGGCAGUAGACAGUGGUGCGCCUACUAACCGGGACCUGAUCAGCAACUUCUUGUCAGAUCCAGUCCAUGGAGCCAUUGAAGUAUGUGCUGAACUGAGGCCUACCGUGGAUAUUUCAGUCCCACCAGAUGCGGAUUUUGUCCGUCCUGAGUUGCGCCAGUCUGGAAACUAGAACAUCAAGCAGUUGAUGCUUUUUCUUGAGCUGAUUCAAUUUCAGAAUGCUCAGAAUAGCCUGUAUGCUAGUAGUGAGUGGAUUUUGUUUGAGUGCUAGUAUGGAACAUCUGUAUUAAUUCUCUCUAGUUUUAAAGAUUUUGCGGAUGAGGAAUGUUGCGUAUUAGGUAAUAUCGUACUAUAAAUGAGCUGAUCAGUUAUGUUUACAAGUAUGUGGAGUGUUAUUUGUGGGUAUCAUGGCAUCAGUCCAAUAAAAUUUCUUAGAGCUUUAUUCCAUAUAGAUAA